AUGAACCGGCAGCUAGUGAACAUUUUGACAGCCUUGUUUGCAUUUUUCUUAGAGACAAACCACUUCAGGACGGCUUUCUGCAAAGACCAUGACUCCAGAUCUGGAAAACAACCUUUGCAGACUCUAUCCCCUUCAGAUUUCUUGGACAAAUUAAUGGGAAGGACAUCAGGAUAUGAUGCAAGAAUCAGGCCAAAUUUUAAAGGUCCUCCAGUAAACGUUACUUGCAAUAUUUUUAUCAACAGUUUUGGAUCAGUCACAGAAACCACCAUGGACUACCGAGUGAACAUUUUUCUGAGACAACAAUGGAAUGAUUCACGGCUGGCAUAUAGUGAGUACCCUGAUGAUUCCCUGGACUUGGACCCAUCAAUGCUGGACUCCAUUUGGAAACCAGAUUUGUUCUUUGCCAAUGAGAAGGGUGCCAACUUCCAUGAUGUCACAACCGAUAACAAAUUGCUUCGGAUUUCAAAAAAUGGCAAAGUGCUCUACAGUAUCAGACUCACCUUGACUUUAUCCUGUCCCAUGGACUUGAAGAAUUUUCCAAUGGAUGUCCAGACCUGUACAAUGCAGCUGGAGAGUUUUGGGUACACGAUGAAUGACCUGAUAUUUGAAUGGUUAAGUGAUGGUCCAGUUCAAGUUGCUGAAGGACUGACCCUGCCCCAGUUUAUUUUGAAAGAAGAGAAGGAACUCGGCUACUGCACAAAGCACUAUAACACUGGAAAGUUUACCUGCAUCGAGGUUAAGUUUCACCUGGAACGCCAGAUGGGAUAUUAUCUGAUCCAGAUGUACAUCCCCAGUCUGUUGAUAGUCAUUUUGUCCUGGGUCUCAUUUUGGAUAAACAUGGAUGCAGCCCCUGCCAGGGUUGCACUGGGCAUCACCACAGUCUUAACGAUGACCACCCAGAGUUCAGGUUCCAGGGCAUCUCUGCCAAAGGUCUCCUAUGUAAAAGCGAUUGACAUCUGGAUGGCGGUGUGCCUUCUGUUUGUGUUUGCGGCCUUACUGGAAUAUGCAGCAGUGAACUUCGUCUCCAGGCAACACAAGGAGUUCCUGCGGCUCCGGAGAAGACAGAAGAGGCAGAAUAAGGAAGAAGAUGUUACUCGUGAAAGUCGUUUUAAUUUCAGUGGUUAUGGGAUGGGUCACUGCCUCCAAGUGAAAGAUGGAACAGCUGUCAAGGCCACGCCUGCCAACCCGAUCCCACAACCCCCAAAAGAUGCAGAUGCCAUCAAGAAGAAGUUUGUGGACCGGGCAAAAAGGAUUGACACAAUAUCUCGAGCUGCCUUCCCAUUGGCCUUCCUUAUUUUCAACAUCUUUUACUGGAUCACAUACAAGAUCAUUCGGCAUGAAGAUGUCCACAAGAAAUAG